AUGGCACGAUGGUCUAAGGUAUUGUCAGGAAUAUUUUUGGCAUUGUCCAUGGUAUUGUCACUGGGUAAACUUUUAAUGUUAGCAGCUGGAAAUACCAAUAAUGGAGAUUUAACGGAAGCUGAUCAGUGGUUAGUUGAAAAUGGAUUGUCACUAUAUCGCCAACUUUUUAAACAAAAAGGUAUGAAUUUUCCUCAAGAAAAUAAUUAG